AUGCUUAAAGAGAGAGUCGCUGUAUUAUUCCCAACAGCAGAGGAUAUUGGGAAAUGCUCCACGCACAAUGAUACUCAUGUAGACGUUAAAGCAUGUGUUAAAGAUGUUGUAGUUCAGAAGAGAUGGAUACUAGAUUACAGUAUUGAUGAAUCUCCACGUGAUCCUGACUUGAUAAGGAGGAUUACGUGGAAGAACGGUAUCAUACAAAGUCGUAAAAGUACGGUUAUUGAACCAGAUUUGAAUGUUGGCUUUAAUGUCUACGAUAAAUCUGCUAAUCCGGCUGCCAACGCAGUUAUAACUCCCAAGUUCGAUGUAAUUCAUUCUGACACCUUCGAAAUCGAUCAAUAUUUCCCAUCAAAUGUUGAUUUAGCGUUUAUAACAUGGGAUCCCGAAAACUGCCAAUACGAUAUUUCAAUCUUUGAUUCAGAAGUGCAUAUCGUAGAGUAUUCUAUUUUGAAAAACAAUACUACCUUGUCGUUUACCAAAGAAAAUCAUGUCAACUUAGCUGAGAUUGGGAUUUUUUACGUAGAUAGCAGUGAUAACGAAGAUGUUAACUUAAGCGGGUUAAGGUGCAACUGGUUAGAGGAUGCUAUUGAUAAUUCAAUAGAAAGCUGUUUGAAAACAACAUUGUUUUACAACCCUGCAUUUAUAUAUAACGAUCCAUUUGACCAAUCUUCAAACGUAUCAAUAGAGUUGGCUAAACCAAUUGGGAUACAUCCUAAAAUAACGGUAGAUUUAUCUAGCUGUCCAGCAACAAAUGACUGCGAAUAUUACUUUUAUUCUCAAUUACCAGUGGAGAUAUUUGUAGACAAAUUCCAGUCCUCACCAGUAUUUGUAUUUGGACAGGCUGACCUAGAAUUACCUGCCUACAAACUUCGAGAUGGACCUUGGGGAUCGGAGACACUUUUCAAAUUAGAACCUGGCCAAUUGAAUGAAAUCACUCUACAUUCGAGAUACCUGGAACCUACAAAUAGUUAUAUCCAAACUGGCAUCGACUUCUAUCCGAAGAUAGUAAAGGCAUGCGAUACAAUCUCGAAUAGAAUAGCAAAUAACCCAUUUUAUAGCAAAAGUUUGGGGCCGGAGAGCUAUUUUACGGAGAAUACUUUAUUUUAUAACCUAAAUUCUACCAAGUUAACAGUCCAAAUUGCUAGUGCAAACAUCAAUGACUAUUUCAAAGUAGAAUAUAUGACGUUACUGUGUAUAAUAUUGGCAAUGUUCUAUCUUAUCCAAAAGAUCUUCGGAUAUAAUAAACCGUCAACAAAGUCGGUGAAAACUGAUUAA